UUAGGAUUCCUAGGGGAGCUGGCAGGAGGAGAAUGGGGUGUUCCCCGUGGUUCAACUUCCGACUCACUCUUCGAGACCCUGGAUUCUGACAAGUUUACCGAACUUGGAAGACACAGAUGUCGAGGUCUGAAGGUCUGUGGAUACCCCCAGGCUGGGCUUCAUGGAGAAAUCUUUCCUGAUUACUAACAUGAAUCCCAGAGCAGCCUCCGCCUCUCCUUGGACAGGAUGAAAGGCCAACUGUAACCAGACAUAACUGGCCAUCAUGCGGAAACUGAUCAGGAUGGGGACACAGGAGAGGCGGUUACUCCGACCAAAGAGGCUUCAUUGGAGUCGCCUCCUUUUCCUCCUGGGAAUGUUGAUUAUCGGUUCCACUUAUCAGCACCUGAGGAGACCCCAGAAUCACCCCUCAAUGUGGACGAAAGCCUCCUCCCAACAGCCUAUUAAAGUGGCCAGCAGGGACCUCACCAACAAUGAGAUGACAGUGGAGAGCAGUGACCUUCCAGAGGCUAGCUCUGAAGUGGAGGGUGAGAUGAUAGUACCCCAAGACACGGUGAUUACGGAUGAAACAGCACCUAGCAUAGCAACGGAGGACACCCCCAAUCCACCCAGAACAACCAAGAGCACUCCAACGCCACCAAAGAACAAUUAUAGCCCAACAACAGCUGGCACAAGAAGACAAAAAGAAAACAUGGCACCCACACCUAGCAGAGCACCAAGUCACUUCAUCUCAACUUCAGGCAGACGGAGAGUUAAAAGCUAUACCCCAAAACUCAGGCGCGGAAGGAAGAGUUCCAGCCCGACUCACGCCAAAGAAACAGGAAGGAUGCAUACCCCAUCCCCAGUAGGUGCACCUCGCACCACCAGCCCCACACCAACAGGGAAAGACAGUGAAACCACGGCAACCUAUAGGAUGUUGGAACCCAGACCUGAGAGAACAGCAGGAGAAAACAUGGCAGCUUCUCUCAAGAGAAUGGUUCCGAACACCCCAACUUUCUUAAUACGUGAAGUUGAAACAAACCUUGUGACUCCUCCAAGCCUGGUGGGAAAGAACACCCUGGGAAAUCUUAGGAGAGGAGAAAGAAACAGCUCUGCCACUCCCCCGGGAGCAGCCCCGAAGCACACCCCUGCCACCUCUGAGGAUCAAACGACAGUAAGCACCAGCAUAGGUAGCACCCCAGCAACCAUCCACGGUUCUACUGUUGCCCAGAGAAUUAGCAACCCCUUGUCUAGAACCAGUGCACCAGCCAUUAGAAUGGCCUCAGCCACCAACAGGGAAAAGAGACUUUCCACAGCACACAGCACCUUAGUAACUCCCAAAGGCAAGGCAACCAUGAUCACACAGGUCCACCGCUGUGUGGUUGUGGAGCCAGCUCCAGCUGUACCCAUGAUUCCAUCUCUAAGCAUGACAACCAUCCCGUUCCCAGAGGCACCUAGUUCCGGUCCCUCAGCUUUGCCACCUGACUGGUCAAACCUCCAACCCAAGGGGGAGUAUCCCCCAGAUCUGUUCACUGUGGAGGGUCGACGACAGGGCUGGGUGGCCCUCCACAUCUUCGGCAUGAUGUACGUGUUUGUGGCCUUGGCCAUCGUGUGCGAUGAGUACUUUGUCCCAGCCCUCGGAGUCAUCACAGACAAGCUGCAGAUCUCCGAGGAUGUGGCAGGGGCCACAUUCAUGGCUGCCGGAGGCUCCGCCCCUGAGCUCUUCACCUCUCUUAUUGGUGUCUUUAUCUCCCACAGCAACGUGGGUAUUGGUACCAUCGUGGGCUCUGCCGUGUUCAACAUCCUUUUUGUCAUCGGCACCUGUUCCCUCUUCUCCCGGGAGAUCCUCCACCUCACCUGGUGGCCCCUGUUCCGCGACGUCUCUUUCUACAUCCUUGACUUGUCUAUGCUCAUAGUCUUCUUCCUGGACAGUCUCAUUGCCUGGUGGGAGAGCCUGCUGCUGCUGCUGGCCUACGCUCUCUAUGUGUUCGCUAUGAAGUGGAACAAGCAGACUGAGCUCUGGGUGAAAGAGCAGCUUAGCAAGAGGCCAGUAGCCAAAGUCAUGGCUCUGGGAGACCUCGGCAAGCCCAGUAAUGGUGCCAUUGAGGAAACCGAACAACAGGACAAGAAGCUGAAGCUCCCAUCUGUGCUGACCCGAGAGAGCAGCUCUGCCUCGCUGCACAACAGCAUCAUCAGGAGCACCAUCUACCACCUCAUGCUCCACAGUCUGGACCCCCUGGGGGAAGCCCGCCCCUCCAAGGACAAGCAGGAGAGUUUGAAUCAGGAAGCCAGAGUCUUCUCCCAGACCAAAGCAGAAAGCAGCCAAAACGAGGAGGAGCCAGCCGAGCUCCAUGCGGUCAAGGUCACUCCAGCCCCUGCUCCAGUCGCCAAGGGAGAUCAGGAGGAGGAUCCAGGCUGCCAGGAAGAUGUGGACGAAGCUGAACACGGAGGAGAGAUGACAGGUGAAGAGGGUGAAAGGGAAGCCGAGGUGGAAGGAAAAGAAGAUGAAGAAGGGAAAACUAAGACAGAAAGGAAAGAAGAUGGGCAAGAAGAAGAAACUGAGGCAGAAGGAAAAGUUGAUCAUGAAGGGCAAGGUGAAGCCCAUGAAGACGGCACUGAGGUGAAAGAUAGUGAGGGUGAAAUGGAAGCCAAUGCUGAAGAUCAAGGUGAGAAAGGUGCAGACGGUGGAGGGGGGAGUGAUGCAGGGGACAGUGAGGAAGAGGAGGAUGAAGAGGAGGAAGAGGAGGAGGAGGAAGAGGAAGAGGAGGAGGAAGAGGAGGAGGAAGAGGAGGAAAGUGAGGAGCCUCUGUCCCUGGAGUGGCCUGAGAGCAGGCAGAAGCAGGCCAUCUACCUCUUUCUCCUGCCCAUCGUGUUCCCACUGUGGCUGACGGUACCUGAUGUACGGAGGCAGGAGUCCAGGAAGUUUUUUGUCAUCACCUUCCUGGGAUCCAUCAUCUGGAUAGCCAUGUUCUCAUACCUCAUGGUGUGGUGGGCUCACCAGGUUGGCGAAACCAUCGGGAUUUCUGAAGAGAUUAUGGGUUUGACAAUCUUAGCAGCAGGCACUUCGAUCCCUGACCUUAUCACCAGUGUGAUCGUUGCCCGGAAAGGCCUGGGAGACAUGGCCGUGUCAAGCUCAGUGGGCAGUAACAUCUUUGAUAUCACAGUGGGCUUGCCUGCCCCUUGGCUUCUCUUCUCUCUCGUCAAUGCCCUGCAGCCUGUUCCUGUCAGCAGCAACGGCCUGUUUUGUGCGAUCGUCUUGCUGUUUCUCAUGCUUCUGUUUGUAAUCUCCUCGAUCGCAUUGUGUAAAUGGAGGAUGAACAAGAUCCUGGGCUUCACGAUGUUCCUUCUUUACUUUGUGUUCUUGGUAAUCAGUGUGAUGUUAGAAGAUCGAAUCAUAUCCUGUCCUGUAUCUGUCUGAUCCAGCCACUGAUGGUCAAGGUGGACAUAGAGCAGAAGACCAUGACAGAAGUUACUGUCCCUCUUACCAUACCAAUCAAAUAAUAAAACACAAUCAGGAAUGUGAACUGGGCAGUUUAGACCCUCAGAACUGACUGUCAUCAUGACUGAAGCUUCUCUUUGCAAACACCUGCAGCUUCUGGUGGACUCAGAAUGUUACCUUGGAAGGGAGAGUUCCUGCCACUCAGGCAAGCCAACUGUCAUGCAGCCAGAGGGCUUCCUGUAUGCGACCUGGGGUUAAGGCUGGGAUGGCAGAAAUAGGACAAGCAUCCUUGCUCACCAUCCCCUGGUCACUCCUGAAGAGCCAUGGUGCGGCAUGCAGGUGUCCAAGGCUUGUUCUCCCGAACACUGCCCUAAACACUCACUGCCACGUGCUAUUCCUCCUGGUGCAAUUGUGAAGCCACAUCAGGUUUGCUGUCAUUGUGAGUUCAGUUAAUGAGUUUAAGAAGUGCAGGCUUGGGGGGGGGGCGGGGGCAGGAAUAGAUUUAUCAUUCUACCCCGCAGUCUUGUAAAAAUGCAUGCUGGUGUUUUCUGUGUUAAAAGGAAGCUAACAGCUUUUAUUGUUGCAUUUCUGAAAAGGAUGAAAUUAAGACAGAAAGCAGCCUAGGGAAUGAAAGACUGUAAUUUGGUUUGAAUUGGAGGCAGAGUUUUGAGAAAGAAAACUCCUCUUAGGGCUAUUUAAACAUACGCGCUUACUGGAAAAUCCACAUUUGCUUGUCUCCAUCAGUGGUCACUUUAAAGGAUCAUUCUGUCACAUUCUGUGACAUUCUGUCACAGCUGCCCUGCUGCUCUUGGGCAGUUUCUUGCCUAGGAAUGACGACUGUCACUAAAGAGCCAAAGGGAUGCAUUUGCAGAAGGCCAAAUCUGACUUAGACAGGAGGAGAUCUAGGACGCAGUGCUAUGCUUGUAUGCCAACCUAGAUAAGACUGCAAGUUUAUCAGUGGGUCUUAAGACAGUUUACAAAGGAGAAAUCUCAAAAGUGCUUAGCGCAGUGAUGACAUGGCAAGAAAGGAAGGAGUACUGUCCACCAUGCAGACCAGGCUGACCUUGGGUUCCCAGACCUUCCUGCCCCUGCCUCCUGGUUGCUGGGAUUAAAAGGCUGGCCACUAAGCCUGGAUGAGUAUCUAUUUUCAAGGUCACAAAGGACACUUAAAAAAAAAGUCAUGGUUAAAUAUUUUUAUGAAGUUCCAUAUGCUUCCAUAUUAAAUACCUUUGGCCGCUGCUUUUACUAGGAUCAAGCUGAGGAGACUAUUAGAAAUACAAUUCUCAUGUCUUUGGCUUCAGAGCACAAGGAACGUAAGUGUCUGCAGAUUACGCUGCAAAUGACGUCAUAGACACCAGGAGUGGUGUGGUAGCCUUCGAGAAGAUAGCGGGGCGGAUGGGAAAGAAAGCAAUGGAUCAGUGUACUGUUGGAGGGUGGAGGUAUUCAACUAUUCAUCUCUUAAGAUGGACUGUACUUCUUCAAAAUUCCCAUUUUUUUUGGAAGUAACUUUUAUUAAAUUUCAAUGAAAACUUUG